CGUCGGUCAGUCAGUCGCACUGGUGAACGCAUCGGAAGCACAUCAUCGUUGAUUACGUAGCUAGUCUGCAUUCGGUUGUCGUACGUUGGCUAUUCGUUCGCUAGUCGAAAAUUUUGGUGGACGAUCGUGGGAGUGCAGAAGAAGUAUCAAUCCAUGUCGCCGCAAUCUAUUAUAUGCUAGUAGCGCCAUUUGGUCACCUAUAAACUGCCGUUGGUGUGAUGUUUCAUUAUUAUUGGCUGUCGUUUCUUUUCAUUCGACGUCGCCUGGCGUAUGGUUGAAGUAGUGAAAUAUCGGUUGAAACGCUUGGUGCAAGGGCAAGGGGAGUGUGCCAAUUAUACACGUACGUGUGUGGUGUUUUAAAUCCAUCGGGUAAAUGACCAAGUGUCAAAUAGCAUGAAUUCCACGGAGGAUUACUUUCGCACGCUUGUGAAUGUUAUGCAAAUGCGCAAAAGUGCGUCUUAUUUCUAGUGCUACUACUAGUGUGGCGUUAUUCGUGCCGACCGAGGGAAUAUCCGUGUGGCCGCAGUGGGGUGGGCUGUGAAUGUUUUUCUCUUCCCCGUGUGUGCGAUUCUUCGUGACGACAUUUUAAAAGCGCCGUGCUGUUGGUUAGAGCUAGGAGGUGGUGGUGACGACGGUGGCGGCAGCAGUGUGUGUUGGUGGCGUGCCGGAGAGAAUUUGUACGGGGUCACCGGAGCAACGGAGAGAGAGAUAGAGAGAUCCGAAUUAACUGUCAACACAAUAGGCCGAUUUCCGAAUCAUACCCAGUCGGAAGCCUGUGGUGAUCAAAAUUAGUAUCAUCACUCGUGUACGAGAGCACUUCGCAUCCAUAUUGGUGUGUGUGUGUGUGAAUAAAAGCUGUACAGCAUCAACAACAAUAACAACCACGAGAAUCUGACACUAAUCAAACAGCCGUUUUCCAGCCUCUCCUCGAUGAUAGUAAUCACCAUCCGAAACACUGAACCGAGCGUGUGUACGUAAUUAAUUACUCAAUCCCCUCCUACUUCUCAUGCUCCUUCUCCUCCUCCACGGCAUCGUCGCGCUUUUGCAUAUCUCCACGAACUCCUGCUGCUGCUGUUCGGUCGGCCACAGGCAGGCAGGCAAUCGGGGUCCGUGCGUGUGUUAAUGGAUAAAAAAGUCAUAAUAAAUAAUUAAUCAAUUCGGUGCCACUUCUACUACGUACCUGCUACUGCGCCAACCAGUAGCAGCAGUCCAGCCGGUUGGAGGGAAGUGGCAAGCCAAUUUACAUUUCUGCCUAACCGAAACUCAACCCCGCGCGCGGUCGGUCGGUCGAUCGCUGGGUUGUGUACUGUGCUGUGCGCGCUAUCAUUGCGAGUAGUGUCUCAGCAACUUGUGUGCUAAUUUACUACAUACAAGUGCCCUAAAGGGCUGACAGUGACAAUUAGCAUACAAUCGAGGUAAUCCGCCAUUGGACACUCUGAGCAGGACUGGAGCGGAAGAAACUCGGAACACGGGAGAUUCGCGCGAAAAAUGAAGAAGCACAAGUGAUCGACGAACGCCGACAACGGGAACGGAACGAACAGAGUGUUUGGGGCAGAAAGCAGAAAAGAAUCGCAAUUCAGCGGAAAGACUUCACACACUGGCGGGCGGUUGUGUGUAGACCGGGAGUACAAGAAGGGGAAGAGUGACCAGUGACGAGUUAAAUUACCGUUCACGUUUAGUUCUGCUCGUGUUCUGUUCGUCUGAAGUGGUUUCCUUUGCCUUUGUGUAGAAGAUACGCGGUAGCCACAGCCGGCCGGCAAAGUCUGGCGAAAAAGGUGAAGCAAAAGCAAGGAAGAAACGGUGAUUGUUGUUGAAAUUAAACCGAAUAAAAUCUCACGGAAAAGGAAACGACCAAAAGCGAGAAGCAAAACAAGUUGGUUAUAGGUUAUAAUAAUAAUAAUCAUCAUCGUCUUUAUUAUUAUUAUUAUUACGCCGAUGAGGUACCGAAGUGAAACAGAGUCAUAAGCGCUGGUGGAAGAAGCACUAAUAAACUUUUAACGGUUUCGAUCGAAAUGUGAAAAUUCCACUGAUUGAUAAAUUGAUUGAUUGUGGAGCAGUUCUUUUCCGUUUAAGUGUGUUUGUAUGUACCGCGUUUUACGAGUCCGUAAGUGCGAAUAGCUCAAAACGCGCGCGGCGGCAGCAAUAAAGAGUAAUUAAUCGCAAUAAAAGUGCACAGAUCUCAGGUAAAUCCGAAGAAUCUUUGAUGCCGACCGAGGUGAUGGGAUGGGAGUGAAGGUUGCCCGCUCUCCAGAAGGUGCAGAAAUUAUCUUUCAAUUUGGUCUGGUUUUGCGUCGUCGUUCUGCGUCUUGCCGAUUGCUGACGGCUCACCGCGGCGAAUGAUAAUCUGAGACCGGUUCGCAAUCAUUCGGCGAGAGAAGGUGAGAAAUAAAAGGGGCCCCGAAUCGUGGUGUGUGAAUCGAGAAAAAUAAAAGCUACUGCAAGAAGAGACGAAAAUUAUAUUUCGAAAAGCGCGCACUGCACUGGUUCCGGAUAAGUGUUGAUUUCACGUAAUUUGCGCGGAGGUUUCGAGCUGCGGCUGAUUUUCAUCGGUUGAACCGGACGCAGGAGCAUCGGGUUGCUGUUUCCGAUUGGAGAAGCGGUAGUAGCAACUGCCGGAACAAGGAGCGAAACAUGUAUCCGGCGCCUACGAGACACCCGUCGGCUGCGGGUCCACCCCCGCAGGGACGACAGUUCACGAUAGCGGAAACACUUGAGCGGAUAAAGGAGGAGUUCAACUUUCUCCAGGCACAGUAUCAUUCAUUGAAACUGGAAUGUGAUAAACUCGCCAGCGAGAAAACCGAAAUGCAGCGACAUUAUGUCAUGUAUUACGAAAUGUCGUACGGCCUCAACGUAGAAAUGCACAAACAGACGGAAAUUGCCAAACGCCUCAAUGCCCUAAUAGGUCAACUGCUGCCCUUUCUGGCCACGGAACAUCAGCAGCAGGUGGCCGCAGCCGUGGAACGAGCGAAACAGGUCACCAUGCCGGAGCUGAAUGCCAUAAUCGGGCAGCAACAUCAACAGCAGGGAAUACAGCAACUGCUACAACAGAUUCACGCACAGCAAAUCCCCGGCGGACCACCGCAACCGAUUCCGGGCCUGGGAGCGUUGGCCGGACCGCUGACCGCAUUUGGAGGCCCGAUGGGACUGCCACACGGAGCACCCCAAAGUUUGCUCAAAGCACCACCCGAUCUGCACCGGGAGGACCUGAAGGUGCCACUUGGGGGACCCUCAGCCGAGGAACGAAUGCGCAACUCCGUGUCCCCUGCCGACCGUGAAAAGUACCGACCCCGAUCACCCCUCGAACUGGAGAGCGAAAAUAAGCGACGGAAAGAGGAGAAACUGAAUCACGAAAACGACGGCGACAAAAAUGAGCAGGAUUUAGUAGUGGACGUCGCUAAUGACACGGGUACACCUUCACCACGACCGAACGGUGACCACGCCUCACUGGAAAGUCGAGACCGAGACAGUGUUGGACUUAACGGAAACGAUAAGGCUGGCUCCAGUAGCCUGAAGGGUGCAAACGAUAGGCCGCCAUCGCGCUCCGGGUCCAGCUCAUCGCGAUCGACACCAAGCCUCAAAACGAAAGAUCUCGACAAACCGGGAACCCCUGGAACGAAGGCACGCGUCCCAACGCCGAACUCGUCCACACCGGGCGUCCCGAAAGCAGUAGUACCUCCCACAGCCGCCGGCUACCCAGCUUCACCAUAUCAACGACCAUCGGAUCCGUACGCACGACCGCCACCGGACCCGUACGGCCGGCCACCGAUGCCAUUCGAUCCGCACGCCCAGCUACGGACCAACGGAAUCCCGCUGCCCGUCUCGAGUGGUAAACCUGCCUAUUCAUUCCACAUGAACGGCGAAGGUGGACCCCAGCCGGUGCCGUUUCCCGCCGAUGCCCUAACCGGGCAAGGAAUUCCGCGACAUGCCCGCCAAAUCAACACACUCUCGCACGGGGAAGUCGUCUGUGCGGUCACCAUCUCCAAUCCAACCAAAUACGUGUACACCGGAGGCAAGGGCUGCGUUAAGGUCUGGGAUAUCUCCCAGCCGGGCACGAAGAAUGUCGUCAGUCAGUUGGAUUGUUUGCAACGAGACAACUAUAUUCGCUCGGUGAAACUCCUCCCGGAUGGCCGGACGCUAAUUGUUGGCGGCGAAGCAUCGAACCUCUCCAUCUGGGAUCUGGCGAGUCCAACUCCGCGUAUCAAGGCAGAACUGACGUCCGCCGCGCCGGCCUGCUACGCGCUGGCCAUCAGCCCCGACUCGAAGGUGUGCUUCUCGUGCUGCAGUGAUGGCAACAUUGCCGUGUGGGACUUGCACAACCAGACACUGGUUCGGCAGUUCCAGGGCCACACGGACGGUGCUUCCUGUAUCGACAUUAGCCCGGACGGAGUACGACUGUGGACCGGAGGUCUCGACAACACCGUGCGAUCGUGGGACCUGCGCGAAGGCCGACAACUGCAGCAACACGAUUUCAGCUCGCAAAUCUUCUCGCUGGGAUACUGUCCAACUGGUGACUGGCUUGCUGUUGGAAUGGAAAACUCGCACGUUGAAGUGCUGCACGCCACCAAACAAGACAAGUACCAGCUGCAUUUGCACGAAAGUUGCGUCCUGUCGUUGCGGUUUGCCGCCUGCGGCAAAUGGUUCGUCUCGACUGGCAAAGAUAAUCUGCUGAAUGCGUGGCGCACACCUUAUGGUGCAAGCAUAUUUCAGUCCAAAGAGACCUCAUCAGUACUCAGUUGUGAUAUUUCGACCGAUGAUAAGUACAUCGUUACCGGUUCCGGUGACAAAAAGGCCACCGUCUAUGAGGUUAUGUACUAGGCUGAACCAGCAGAGAACGCGCUGCUGUAGGCGAGAAAAGUGGAUCCCUGAUGUUUCAUUAAAAACUAAUAGCUUCAUCGAUUUCACCUAUCAACACACAACCUGUGCAGCCAUUAUCAUUUUUCAGUUUCGACAUGUUCUUAAUCCUUUUCGAUUUUGAACAUAACCAACUAGAAGAAAAAAAACAUUGAAAGUGACCUACUAUCAAAUCGGCAGCAGGAUUAUAGUUAAUUUUACCGACUGUAUCAGUUUUAAUAUAGUUUAGUUCAAGCUUGAGGCAGGAAAACAAAACAACAUCAACAUAACUCACGUAAACGUUAUGCAACAGCAGAAAGAAUCUUCUUACUCGUAGGCUGCUAGGCGAUACACGGAUUGCACUCACACAGCCAAAUGUGCUCUAAUGGUAGUGUUGCACCGGUAAGAAAAAAAAACGGCACCACAAAAAAGAAUGCUACAAUUGUUGAGCGAUAGGCGCCGCGUACGGUUUAAGUAACUUAAAGCUGAAGUUUAAACAAACAAAUCAAAGAAUUAAUUGUAGAGCGUAUAGCGAAACCCGGAAGAGGACGAAGGAGGAAGAAAAAAAACAUUAACUUAAUUAUCAAACAGAAAACCUUAGUGAUUGAUUACCGUAAAAUAAUGAAAAUGAAGAGUAUUGUACAGUAUUUGAACAACUCGUAAUGUUAAUUAUAUGAUUAAGAUCAGGAGAAACAACAAAAAAAAAACAAAAACGUUCAGAGAUCCCUUGAGGUUUCAAGUAAAAAAAUAUCUCAAACGAAAAGUUUUGACUGUAAAAAGCAAACACACACACAUACAUACACACAAUUCGAGAUGUACAUCUAAUUGUUUUUUCUUUUCAACUCCUUGUACCAAUGGAAUAGCAAAAGAAGAUAAGAGAAAAAAAAUCGGUGUCCGUUUGUUCUACUUUGAAAAAAAAAAAAAAAAAGAUAUAAAACAUUUUUCAUCAUCCUUUAGAAAUCUAUGUAUAAUUACCGAGCGAAGGCGGAGAAAAGGGAAGCGCAAAAUUUUCCUCAGCCACAAUUAUAACUGCUGCUUGCUAUCAUCUCUUAUAGCGAUUAGAACAGAACAGAACCCAGGAUAGGUCACCAGAGGUAAUCCGGAACAGUGUGGGAGAAAGGGUUACCGCCUAUUUAUUCUUCAGCACAGAAAAAUUGAACAUAAAUCCGCAACCAGAGGGCGGCAGGCAGAGGGUUACUGUGUGGAAGCUCAAAUGUGAGAAGUCGCGGAAGUGAAAGUCCACUUCCGGAUUUUAUUCUCUAGUAGCUAGAUGAAAAGAGAGAGCGAAAAAAAAACACUACACAGGCACACAGCGAACCAUUACAAAUGUGAGGAGAAAAAUCUGCGCAUAAACCCAGCAACACUGGAAAGUUCAAUAUAAAUAUUAUAAAUAAAUAUUUUUAGACAUGAAAAGAUUA